ACCUACAGGACUACCCCAAGGAAGGCCACAGGUGAAACUCCUUUCUCGCUCACAUAUGGAUUUGAAGCAAGGGCUCCAGCAGAGACCUCAUUGUUGAGCUAUAGAGUGGAGACGUUUGAUGCACAAGAGAAUGAGGAGAACUUGAGGGCAGAACUGCACCUCGUUGAUGAGCGAAGGGAAAGGGCAUACAUGCGAGCAAAAAAUUACCGCCGACAGGUCAAGUCAUAUCACGACCAGCGGGUACGACCAAGGAAGUUCCAGGUGGGCGACUGGGUCCUUCGGAAAAGGGAAGUCAGCCGACCGACCGAUGGAGGGAAGUUUGCUAAAAGCUUCGAGGGACCAUACAUCAUAAAGGAGGUGUUGGCUGAUGGGACGUUUAGAUUGCAGACUCCAGCCGGCGGCGACGUUCCUCGAGUGUGGAAUGCCGCCAACCUUGUUAAAUUCUAUCAGUAGAUUGUAUCCUAGCUAUGCUUCUAUCUUGAAAUUUAAUAAAAUCAGCAUUUUGGCAAAAAAAAAAGGAGCGACCAAAAAAGAUUGCUAAGCCCAAACUGCAUGGUGAUUCGUGUUAAGAUACCCAGUCGUGGGGGAAGCGUCGAACCCUGAUAAGCGACCGAGGUUGAAGACGACGCCGAGGCAUGAGAGCCCAGGAAAGCGGCUAAGUCUGGAACGUAAAGGCCCAUUGGUCGCAUGAGCGACCAGGGGGUCUGGGAGAUAUGACGAUGCUGAAGGAGGGUAAAAUAACCCGGAAAUGGCUAAGUCAAAAAAAAAAAAGGCGAGGUGUUCUC